GGGCGGAGUAUUAUGGUCUGGGCUGCGGCGGGGCCGGCCCUGCGCUGCGAGCGGCCGCGUAAACAUGGAGCUCUCGGCCGUCGGGGAGCGCGUCUUCGCGGCCGAGGCCCUGCUCAAGCGCCGCAUCCGCAAGGGCCGCAUGGAGUAUCUGGUCAAAUGGAAGGGCUGGUCGCAGAAGUACAGCACUUGGGAGCCCGAGGAGAACAUCCUGGAUGCCCGGCUGCUCGCAGCCUUCGAGGAGAGGGAGCGAGAAAUGGAGCUUUACGGGCCCAAAAAGCGAGGCCCCAAGCCCAAAACCUUCCUGCUAAAGGCCCAGGCGAAAGCCAAAGCCAAAACCUAUGAAUUCCGCAGCGACUCUUCCAGGGGGAUCCGGGUGCCGUACCCUGGCAGGUCCCCCCAGGAGCUGGGCUCCACGUCCCGGGCUAGGGAAGGACUGAGAAACAUAGCCCUGGCCCCCCAGGGCAGCUCCAGCAGCAGCAGCACCCCCAAGGCAGACGGCAUCCGGGAGCGGGUGAUCCGCGUGGAGGAGAAGCCCGGAGAGACCCCCAAAAAGAGAGGCCCGAAGCCCAGGAAGGAGCUCUACAAGGACCUUGCGGAGACUCUGGAUGCCUCCAAGAGGAAACUGGGGGACCCGGGGGACAAGGUGGGGGACUACCUGAAGGCCAGGAAGAUGGAGGAGGCGGCGGCGCGGGGGGCAGCCAAGUUCGGCUCGGGACACAGCGUGAUCCAGCUGGCCCGGCGGCAGGAGCCCGACCUGCCCGGCGCCCUGCCCGGCCCCACCCGCGCCGAGGCGGGGCCCGAGGCCUUCCCCCCGCGCCUGGCCAAGCACCGUGCGGACUUCCUGGACGCCAAGGGCCAGGGGGGGCUGGACCCCGGCGGGCCCAAGCUGCUGCACGGCGCCGUCAGCCCGGGGGCCGUGGGCGGCCUGUACCGCGACGGCGUGGGGGGCCCGGCGGGGCGGCCCUCGCUCAUCGCCAGGAUCCCCGUCUCCAGGAUCCUGGGCGACCCCGAGGAGGAGUCCUGGAGCCCCUCUCUCAACAACCUGGAGAAGGUGGUGGUAACUGAUGUGACCUCUAACUUUUUGACCGUCACCAUCAAGGAGAGCAGCACGGACCAAGGAUUCUUUAAGGAGAAGCGAUGAGUUUGGUGGAGGUGGUGCUGGGGUUUUCUUCAGUCAGAUCCAGACAAAAGCUUGGUAGAGCUUGGUGGUCCUCUCUUUUUUUUUUCUUUUUUUUUUUUUUUUUCUUUUUUUUUUUUCUUUAAUUUUUUUUCUUUUGUUUUUUGGUCCUGGAGAGAAUUUAGAAACUGUCCUAAAUUCAUUAACUCAUUCUUUUGUUUUGUUUUGGUUUUGUUGUUUUUUUUUUUUCACGUCUUACAUUUCGUUGGAAAGAUUAUCUCUAGAGUUAUAUUUUCUAUUAGAUGUAAAUAUGUUAUUUAAGAAAAAAUGCUUAUAUAUAUAUAUCUAUAUAUAUAUAUUUCAACUCUGAGUUGUUUUAUUUAAAUGGAGACAGCAGUGACUGCUCAGUUGCUCCUACAAGGGACAAUAAAACUGGGAGCUGGCGCGUUCCCGCCUCUGCCGCAGGAGCCGGUGUACAUAGCGGUGUUCAUAGCUACGUCUGUGCUGGUUUUUUAGCUGUUCUUUUUCACAGGAUGCUGUGGGUGGCGGAGGGGCGCCUGUGGCUCCCCCGCGGGGCCGAGUGCCCGCGUUUCUCGAUUGUCAUUUGAGGUGUUGCUUGUACAAUCAAGUGUGCUGUGUCCAGGACUGUUGCCCUCGAGAGUUGACGUGAGCACUUGAAUUCACGGUGUUGUUGGGGAUGGGGUGUUUCCAGGCUGACAAAAAAAGUCAUGUUGCUACAGAGUCGGGGCGGGGAAAAGCAGAAAUCCAUAAAAAGGCUAAAAGUGUUGGAGUGUUAACUUGAAUUCCCUUUUCUUGCGGAGGAGAGGGGUUGGCGUGUGCGAGGUUCCCGAGGGGUGACACUGAAAUGCACUUUAAUAGAGUUGUGGGAGCAGCUGUGGGAGACGGGGCUGAGCUGAGUAUAUCUGUUUUCAUUUUGUCUGGUCGCUUGAUUCUGUUCCCCCACCCACUAAAAACAAAAAACCCCAACAAAACCCCCCUCUGUUUACAUUCCUGAAAUGCCAGAGAGGUUGGGGAGGGAACGUCUCACUGCCCAUAUUUAGUUACUUUAUUCUGCUGCAGAAAGUGAAUUAUUAUUAUUAUUAUUAUUAUUUUUAUUCCCGAUCACGGUUUACUUCAGACUGUUGGAAGACUCCUGAUAAAGUGUUUUGUAGUACCCACAUCCCUGACGGAUCCCAGGGCCACCUUUAUGCGUUCAGGGACAAUAAACAUUUCCCUUUCCUUGCGGUGCUUAAACCAGAGCCAAGAGGCGAGAUAUUCCUGUGCGGGGCAGCCCCGCCGCCUCGCGUGGAUUUAGUGCUGGAUGUGCCCGUGGGAUUCCUCCCUGGCUGGGAUCCGGAGCUGGGAUUCCUCCCAGGGCUGGGAUCCGGAGCUGGGAUUCCUCCCAGGGCUGGGAUCCGGAGCUGGGAUUCCUCUCGGAGUUGGGAUCCGGAGCUGGGAUUCCUCCCUGGGCUGGGAUCCGGAGCUGGGAUUCCUCCCUGGG